AUGACGAAGGGUACCUCCUCGUUUGGUAAGAGACACAACAAGACGCACACCUUGUGCCGUCGUUGCGGUCGCCGAUCGCUUCACAUCCAGAAGCACACCUGCUCUUCCUGCGGUUACCCCUCGGCCAAGACCCGCAAGUACAACUGGUCCGAGAAGGCCAAGCGGAGAAAGACCGUCGGCACCGGCCGCAUGCGCUACAUGAAGGACGUCUCCCGCCGCUUCAAGAACGGCUUCCAGUCCGGUGUCCCCAAGGGUUCCGCCGGCCCCACCGCGCAGGAGUCGUGA